CUUCUACUGUAUGAUAAGCGACAAAAAAAUCACACUACUGCCGCCUAUCGGAAAUAAGGAUAAUUGCAGGCUGCAAUGCUCAACGACAACAGAUGAAAAGAAGGCAACACUAGCUAGCUAACUCCAAACCAUCAUGUAUUUCUGUUAGCAUGUGGUGUUCGCCAGCCUUGCUGCAGUGGAGCAAAACUGAAUUAGCCACCCAUUCCUAUGGAGAUAGAAGAGACCUGGGCUCAUGAGGAUCGAUGGGCUUUCACUGAGUGGGAUAUCCACCAACGACCGCACCAGGUACCGAAGUACAGAUCACACCAGUACCAACACUGUGAUAAGCCAUGAUCCCCAUCACUGAGCUGCGUUACUUUGUAGACUGCCAGCCGGCCUACCGCAUCCUGAAGCCAUGGUGGGACGUCUUCACCGACUACAUCUCCAUCGUCAUGCUCAUGAUCGCCGUGUUCGGGGGCACUCUGCAGGUCACCCAGGACAAGAUGAUCUGCCUGCCCUGCAAGUGGGUGGUCAACCAUACCUGCAGGAGGUAUUUCAACGCUACUCUGUCGGCCCCGCUCUUGUUGGAGCCCAAAGGGAUCCAAUACAACCUGGAUCGCCACCAGUACAACUACGUAGACGCUGUGUGCUACGAGAACCGCCUGCACUGGUUUGCCAAGUACUUCCCCUACCUGGUGCUACUGCAUACCCUCAUCUUCCUGGCCUGCAGUAACUUCUGGUUCAAGUUCCCCCGGACUAGCUCCAAACUGGAGCACUUUGUGUCCAUCUUACUCAAGUGUUUUGACUCUCCCUGGACCACCAGGGCUCUGUCUGAGACGGUGGUGGAGGAGCGCGACCCCAAGCCCCACAAGAUGAACGGCUCCAUGGAUAAGAAGGCGUCGUGUGUCAGCGAGGACGUGGAGGCCAGCGUCCCCAUGCUCCAAAAGACAAAGUCUCGCCUGGAGCAGGGGAUCGUGGACCGCACUGAGACAGGCGUCCUGGAUAAGAAAGAGGGCGAACAGGCAAAAGCUCUGUUUGAAAAGGUGAAAAAGUUCCGCAUACACGUGGAAGAGGGAGACAUUGUGUACAGGCUCUACAUCCGACAGACUAUUAUCAAAGUCAUUAAGUUCAUUUUUAUUAUCUGCUAUACGGGGUAUUAUGUGCACAAUAUUCAGUUCAGUGUGGACUGUAGUGUGGAUAUAGAGAGCCUCACAGGGUACAGCAUGUAUCGUUGUGCCCAUCCUCUGGCCACUCUGUUUAAGAUCCUAGCCUGCGUCUACAUCAGCUUAGUUGGGGUUUACGGCUUAAUUUGCAUGUACACUCUCUGUUGGAUGCUGCGGCGCUCGCUGAAGAAAUACUCCUUCGAGUCAAUACGAGAGGAGAGCAGUUACAGCGACAUACCGGACGUGAAGAACGACUUUGCUUUCAUGCUGCACAUGAUUGACCAGUACGACCCUCUGUACUCCAAACGCUUUGCUGUCUUCCUGUCCGAGGUGAGCGAGAACAAGCUGCGGCAGCUCAACUUGAACAACGAGUGGACUCUGGACAAACUGAGGCAGAGAAUCACCAAUAACUCCCAGGAGAAGUUGGAGCUGCACCUCUUCAUGCUGAGUGGCAUCCCAGACACAGUAUUUGACCUGAUGGAGCUGGAGGUGCUGAAGCUGGAGCUCAUUCCAGACAUUACCAUCCCUCCUAUCAUCGCCCAGCUGGUCAACCUGAAGGAGAUGUGGCUGUACCAUACCCCGGCUAAGAUCGAGGCUCCCGCCUUGGCCUUCCUCAGGGAGAACCUCAAGUCCCUCCACAUCAAGUUCACCGACAUCAAGGAGAUCCCUCUGUGGAUCUACAGCCUGAAGAACCUGAGCGAGCUGCACCUGACGGGGAACCUGAGCGCAGAGAACAACCGAUACAUUGUUAUUGAUGGGCUACGGGAGCUGAAGAGGCUCAAGGUGCUCCGGCUGAAGAGUAACUUGACCAAACUACCUCAGGUGGUGACGGACGUGGGGGUGCACCUCCAGAAGCUGUCAGUCAACAACGAGGGCACCAAGCUGAUGGUCCUCAACAGCCUGAAGAAAAUGGUGAACCUGACUGAACUGGAGCUGAUCCGCUGUGACUUAGAACGAAUCCCACACUCCAUCUUCAGCCUGCACAACUUGCAGGAGAUUGACCUCAAGGACAACAACCUGAAGACCAUCGAGGAGAUCAUCAGCUUCCAGCACCUGCACCGGCUGGUCUGCCUUAAGCUUUGGUACAACCAGAUCGCCUACAUUCCCAUCCAGAUCGGCACCCUCAACAACAUGGAGAGGCUCUAUCUGAACAGGAACAAGAUCGAUAAGAUCCCCAGCCAGCUGUUCUACUGUCGGAAGCUGCGCUUCCUAGACCUGAGCCACAACAACCUCACCUACAUCCCAGCAGACGUGGGGUACCUGCAGAACCUCCAGUACCUGGUAGUCACUGCUAACAGAAUUGAGGCCCUGCCCAACGAGCUGUUCCAGUGUAAGAAGCUCCGUACUCUGAACCUGGGGAACAACUGCCUGACGUCUCUGCCGUCACGCUUCGGGGAGCUGACGGCCCUGACCCAGCUGGAGCUCAGGGGGAAUAGACUGGACUGUCUGCCCGUGGAGCUGGGGGAAUGCAGGCAGUUGAAGAAGACGGGCCUGGUGGUGGAGGAGGACCUCUUCAACACCCUGCCCACCGAGGUGAAGGAGCAGCUGUGGAAGGUGGACAAGGAGACUGCCUGAGUAGAUAGGGGGUUGGGGGAUGGUAACUUAGUCAAAACAGACACACGCCGGACACCUGGAGGACUGAAGAGGACUAGAGGACUACACAGCUUCGGACAGCUCGCUAACAGAGCAGCCCCUGCUCACUCUGACUGUACUCUACUCUACUGCAGGGAUGCUUUUCAAAGGGAAUCGAAGUCCCACCGCCAUGCCACUUUUUUUUCCAGACGUAAAAAAAGAUACAAAAGUCUGCCAUGGGAUACAGUGUGUGUGUGUUGAACAACAUGAGAGAUGUCCGCUCGAAUGUGUUGCACGUGAGGAUACAAAAUGCAAAUGCCAUAUUUCUGUAAGAGAAGGGACUCUGCAGGUGGGCAGUGUAAUUGUCAUUAAGGCAGGGUAUAUUAUCCUGUUACAUACAGUACAAUAGGCCCCCCUUGAUAGAUUCUAGUCCAUAGGGUGCUAAGUGGCAAUAGUUAGUUGCCCACUCUCAGUAUGUGCCAUGAGAGAUGGUGUAUAGCUACUGUCCGCAAUGACAGGAGGAAGAAGCUCCAUUAAAGGAGGAUUCUCCAAGAUCUCUGGUCCUGUGCUCAUUACUCUAGUGUGUGUGUGUGUGUGUGUGGUCCAUUACAUUCAUAACAGAAAAUAUCUUAAAUGGGGAAUUUUCCACUCAAAAUUGGACGGACCUAGCUGAAUUGGUCGAAAUCAAAUAAUGUUGUAGCGGCCAGGUCUUUAUUCCUUGCUCACUGACUGACAUUUUAGUUAACAUGUUUAUAAAGUGCUUAAGAACAGCCCGUAGCUGUGGUAUAUUGGCCAUAUACCACACCCCCUCGGGCCUUAUUGCUUAAAUACACCAGUGUUUUUUUUUUUUUUUUUUCUCCAGUGGCAAUUCGGCAAAUUGUUGUUUAAUCAGUAAGUUAUGUCAAAGUAAACUGGGCCGACGACUGCUAUACAAUCCAUUUAUAUUACUCCUCCUAUGCAUCAGCACUGGAAUGUGCUGCUUAAAUUAGAUACGAUGUCUGUAACAGCUGCGGUAUGGGGCUGGAGAAUUGUAACCACUCUCAAAUUCAUUGGCGGAGCCAUGCAACUAUGGACUAAGCAUUCUCAGUCUCAAUGGAAAUUCUCCUUUUGAAAGAGGAUUUUAUUCCAGGACUAAACUUAAUCUGAGUUAUAUUAUUCAAGAAUCAAUGGGUGUAUAUAUCAUUCAUUUAUAAGUCCACAAAUAGAUAUAGCAAUUACAGAUAGACCCUUUCCUCAGCAAUCCACUGCUGAUGACAUUGACAAUCAACUCUUAUUUUAUGGUGUUAUCUCAGACAUACUUGUCUCUUAAUGGAAUUAUGCAAAUAUUCAUGCUAGACUACAUAGUGAGAGAAGACUAACAGAAGGGAUCCGUUUCUUAGACACAGGCCUAAAAAGCAUUCUCAGUCUCAAUGGAAAUUCUCCUUUGAAAUAGGUUUUUAUUCCAGGACUAAGCUUAAUCUGUGUCUUGGAAUUGGAGUUAUAUUAUCCAAGAAUUAAUUUAUAACUCCACAAAUGGAUAUAACAAUUGCAGAUAACAUCCCUAACCCCACCGCCACCAUGGUGCACUCUUCACAACGUUGACAUCCGCAAACCACUCGCCCACAGGACGCCAUACAUGUGGUCUGAGGUUCUCAGCCUGGUUGGACCUACUGCCAAAUUCUCUAAAAUGACAUUGGAGGCGGCUUAUGGUAGAGAAAUGAACAUUCUCUGGCAACAGCUCUGGUGGACAUUCCUGCAGUCAGCAUGCCAAUUGCACGCUCCCUCAACUUGAGACGUCUUUUGCAUUGUGUUGUGACAACUGCACAUUUUAGAGUGGCCUUUUACUGUCCCCAGCGCAAGGUGCACUGGUGUAAUGAUCAUGCUGUUUAAUCAGCUUCUUGAUAUGCCACACCUGUCAGAUGGAUGGAUUAUCUUGACGAAGGAGAAAUGCUCACUAACAAGGAUGUAAUCAAAUUUCUGCAUAAAAAAAUAUGGAACAUU